AUGCGUACCGUCGAGGAUACGGGCACGGAAGCAGCCGCAGUUGGUGCUGCGACCACCCACCAACGUGCUACAACCGGCAGGCCAUUGGUCGUCGAUCACAAUCACGAUCGCGAUCACGAUCAACGAGAUCGAUCGACCACGAUCCAUCUACCGACUGCACCGUACCACCAGGUCACCAUCGCAGCGGACACCAACAACAAUCAUGACCAUCAUCGGAACUUCGAGCAUCACGCGACUCAACGCCAUGAUCAUUGGAACAAGUGGCAACUGCACUCGCCGAACGGCGACAGCGACAACAGCAACGGUAGCCAACGAGCAGUGGCUAUUACCCGUAACGACGUAGAACAGCAGCAACAACCGCACCGUCAUCGGCAGCAACGUCAAACGACAGCUACCGUUCCGGUUCUAGCCUGUACGAAUCAGUCUUCGACAACCACGACUACCACCGCGUUCACGGUAGCAUCAAGUAUGCUUCUUCUACAGACGCAGAGCCCUUUCGUAUGCACCACUCUGGCGGAUCUGCUGAGCGCCUCAUACACGGAUCCUGCGGAUGCGGGAAGCUUGCCCGAGGAGCUCGACCCCUUUCCAGAGCUUCAGUUGGGCAAUCCUCAAGGUGUGACCGACGAGUCAGGCCAAGCUCAGCAGACUGUGCACCAUCAGCCGGCACCACAACCGCCCCCGUCGGCGGCGCCUCUGCCAGAAGACGUCCAGGCGGAUUCUCUUAGCUCUACACCAUUGCCCAGCUUCCAAGAGACCUACACUGUCCAACGGUACACCAGGCAGGAGCUUCAAGUUCUCGGCAUUAAAAUGGACGACGGAGAGUGUUACGACAAUUCGGUGUAUCCGUGCGCAACAGGACACUAUCCCACAGAAUUCUCACCCACGUUGCCCUACCACGACCACCAGCAACAGCCGCAACAGCAACACCAUCACCAUCAUCCUCAGCAACAGCAACCUGCGCCACCUCCGCAACAGCAGCACCAUCAUCAUCAUCAAGGUUACUUCGCCACAGAGACGGCACCUACACCGACAACAGCUGUUCCAUCGCCGUCGAAUCAUCGACAAGACUCGCCGUAUGGUGCUGCUGUCAGCGUACCUAUGGUGUACGGUCCACCACCUGCCAUAACCGGAGGCGCCACCCCUGUUGCACCUACAGACAUUUAUCCAAACGUGGACAACGUGGUUGUUGGAACGCCUCGUCCGCGAAGAGCAUCCCUACCCACUCAGAGGUCAGAGUCUGCGAGUAGCGGCAGCAUAGAAUCACCGAAGGCUCGUGGCGGAAACAGCAGCACCGGAAGCUCUGUCAGUUCCCCGUCGCCCGGAAGCGGAACCAGCAACGAACGAGCACCACCCAGUCCCAGUCAAUUGUGUGCUGUUUGUGGUGAUACAGCGGCGUGUCAGCACUACGGUGUGCGUACCUGUGAAGGCUGCAAGGGUUUCUUCAAGAGGACCGUGCAGAAGGGAUCGAAAUACGUUUGUCUGGCUGAGAAAGCUUGUCCUGUGGAUAAACGCCGGCGGAACCGUUGCCAAUUCUGUCGCUUCCAGAAGUGCCUGAUGGUUGGCAUGGUGAAGGAGGUUGUCAGGACAGAUUCCUUAAAAGGCCGUCGGGGUAGGCUACCAUCCAAGCCCAAAUCUCCUCAAGAAUCACCACCAAGUUCACCAGUUUCCUUGAUCACAGCUCUGGUUCGUGCACACUUGGACACCACGCCUGAUCAGGCAUCCUUAGACUACUCACAGUACCGACAAUCGAGUCCCGGCGAUCCACCAAUCACAGAGGCAGAGAAGACACAGCAGUUCUACAAUCUUCUCACAACCUCGAUCGACGUGAUUCGAACAUUCGCGGACAAAAUCCCCGGUUUCACGGACCUCGUACGGGAAGAUCAGGAGUUACUUUUCCAGUCGGCGAGCCUGGAGCUCUUUGUCCUUCGGCUGGCGUACCGUACAAAGCCGGACGACACCAAGCUGACAUUUUGCAACGGUGUGGUGCUAGCACUGGAGCAGUGUCAGCGUAGCUUUGGCGAUUGGCUCCACAGUAUCCUCGAGUUCAGCAAAGCUCUUCACACUCUCGACGUAGAUACUAGUGCUUUCGCUUGUCUGUGUGCUCUCACCCUCGUUACCGCAAGGUACGGCCUGAAGGAUCCCCAUCGCAUGGAGCAGUUGCAAUCGAAGAUAAUCUCGUCCCUCCGCGAUCAUGUGACCUACAACGCAGAGGCACAGAAGAAGGCGCACUACCUGUCCCGUUUGCUAGGUAAACUACCAGAACUGAGGAGUCUGUCGGUGCAAGGGCUCCAGCGUAUCUUUUACCUGAAACUGGAGGAUCUGGUACCUGCGCCGCCGAUGAUCGAGACGAUGUUCGUCGGUAGUCUGCCGUUCUAA